AUGGAUAGAAUAAAGUAUCAUCGAACAGUAACACUUAAGAGAAAGAAAGGCGAAACCUUUGGAUUUUCACUUCAUCGUGCCAUUGAGGAUGGUGCUGAGUUUCGACUUGUUGAAGGUUUACCAACUUUACAUAAAAUAAUAAAAGUUUUGGAAAAUGGUUAUGCUCAUAAAGCUUCUUUGUGCAACGAUGAUCGUUUAAUUGAGAUCAAUGGACAAGAUGUGAAAUCCAAAUCUUAUGCAGAAUGCGUACAACUUAUUCAAAAUACUGGAGAUACAUUAACAAUAAAAAUAAUUCGUGUGCCCGGAGAAAAUACUAUUAGCCAAUUCCAUCAAACAUCUAUUACAGCUACUGGUAUGUUGUACAUUCAUCUAUUGUUUCUAAGUAAAAUAUAA